CUGUAUUGGGCCCCUGCACAGCUUCUCACUGAUCUGCAGCUUGCAGGCAGCAAUCUCCCUGCCCCAUAAGGAGCACCACACCAUCAGCGUCCACCAGAAAGUCCAGUGCCUACUUUAGCACGGGCAAGUCUUGCUUCUUUGAAAUAAUUGCGCAGGAGUGUGGGAGGGUGCCUCCUAUGAAGUCCCUUGAGUGUCUUGCUGGAAAGAAAGUGAGGAUGUGGCUGGGGGGGUGGACACCACUUGGAAGUGGAUAGAGCCUCUUGUCCUUUGACAAAGAAUUGGUUUGAAGGCUUGGCUAUUGGCUUCCCUGAGCCCCAGCCCCGAGUACAUGGGUCAGGCUGGAGCUGGCAGGUUCAGCUUGACUUCAGAGCCUCAUCCCAGGGAGCAGGAGCCCCUCCCCACCGCAUGCUCCAACUGCCGCUCCUCCAACUGUCACUGGAACUCUGAUUUUCCCUUCCACUACCUGCCCAUCCUUUGGGUGACUGCUGGCUCUGCACAGCUUUUUGAGGGCCCUGGUGAGGAAGGCGUGUGGGAAAUGGACUUGGAGGUCAUUGUGCCAGUUGACUUCAGUUCUGGGGAUCAUCAGGACCUGGUUCGGAAAGCGGCAGAAAAAGAUGCACCCCGAUCUGGUCAGCCCCCCAAACCUUCACCUGCAGAGAGGGCAAAGGAAUCUAGAGGAACACACAACACAAAGGCUGACAAGAGAGCGAAUAUCUAUGUGAUACAAAUUUCAGAUGACUCCACCCCAAAUGAGAGCAAUGAAGGUACACCUGGUCCAUUCUCAGACAGAUCUGUCCGCCAAGCUUUCAUCGCCAAAGUGUUCCUCAUCCUGUCAGUUCAGUUGCUAAUCACUGCCAUGAUUAUUGGGACAUUUGUUUUCUGGAAAGCUUUAAGAGUGUGGGUAGUUGCAAAUCCCUGGUUCAUCCAUGCACUCUUUCCAGCAUUUUUUGCUAUAAUUAUUAUACUUGCUUGCUGUGGGAAUAUCCGCCGAGAGGUGCCGGCAAAUUACAUUCUCCUGGGAUUGUUUACAAUUCUUGAAGGUCUGAUGCUAGGAGCUGUAUCAGUUUUCUAUAGCGCCGAGGAAGUGUUAUGGGCGACGGCCGCCACCGCUCUGGUGACAGUAGCACUCACUAUAUUUGCUCUACAGACAAAAUGGGAUUUCACCUGGCUAAAUGGAGUGCUGUUUGUUUCCCUCUGUGUGCUUAUCCUGUAUGGGAUUUUGGUGCUCUUCGUGCGAUCCUAUUGGCUGCACCUUUUGUAUGCUGCAAUUGGAACCCUGCUGUUCUCCUUGUACCUGGUGAUGGAUGUGCAGCUCAUGGUAGGAGGACACCAUUCCGAGAUGGACCCUGAAGAGUAUGUUUUUGCUGCCCUGGAGAUCUACUUGGACAUCAUCAACCUUUUCCUUUUCAUCCUGCAACUGAUCCAACUGGGACGGUAGUUGUAUGGCCAAUGUCGGCUUAUGCUGAAAGCAGAAGAAAGGGUCCUUAUGAAUUGUUACCUCGCAGACAUGCACCUCAUAAGCCCUUUUUCCUUUGGAAAAAAACUUAAGAACAUGUUUUCUUUCUUUACAAAAGAAACUAAGCAUUGAGUAGAUGAUAGCUGUUGUUAGGCUUUUGAUUCCAUUGUCAUAUACCAAAACUUGCUGGGAAUGUCUCUAAUUUUUAUAAAUUCAAAAGAUGACUCCCGUAAUUACAGAUUUACAAAUAUUUGUAAGAUGCCCGUUGCUUUUGUUGACAUUUUUUAGGUACUAUAUAAAACUCUAAACGUCUCUCUUCAUGAAUAAAACUAAUUACAGAAAUUUAAA